AUGGGGCUCUCCGCCGGCACCCACCACCGUCGGCGAAGCUCCAUGCUUACCGGGACAGGGCGGGCCUCACAACCAAUUUCGACAGAGCGCAAUGACACACUCUGGUCGCAUGGAGAUGGAGGAAAUAACAAACGCGAGGAACAAGAACCUCUGACUGCCGAAGAUGACACCGAUGCGUCCGAUAUCUUAUCCGCUACAGAGACUCUGGAGCUGGACCCGAUGAGUUCGGAUGAUGACCAAUAUGACGAGGAAACCGGACUCACAACACAUCAAAAGCGUCAGCGACGUCGACGGCGAAAGCAGCGCCGCAAGUUGGACGCUCGAAUCGCAGACGUCAAGGGCCAAGGUUCUAUUCGCGAGAUUCUGUCGGACAGAAACGUGGUCAAGAAGCUGCUAAUCAACGGCGGGCUGAUCUUGCUAUGGUAUCUCUUCUCGCUGUCCAUUUCAAUAUACAACAAAUGGAUGUUCUCCGAGAGCGAUAUCGUCUUUCCUUUCCCUCUUUUCACAACGAGCUUGCACAUGGCUGUCCAAUUCUCUCUCUCCGUUAUAAUACUCUGGAUCUUUCCAUCGCUCCGUCCACGACAACCGCCAGGGUCUGCGGCUACAUCUCCCAUUAAUGGCCCCGAAGAACCACAACCUCUCAUGUCCAAAUUGUUCUACUUCACUCGCCUCGUGCCGUGUGGUGCAGCCACCUCCCUUGACGUUGGACUCGGAAAUAUGUCCUUGAAGUUCAUCUCUCUUACUUUCUUAACCAUGUGCAAAUCGUCUGCACUUGCCUUCGUCCUGUUAUUUGCUUUCCUUUUCCGUCUCGAAACACCUUCAACAAAAUUAAUCAUCAUCAUUGCCACAAUGACAAUAGGUGUCGUGAUGAUGGUCGCUGGAGAGACAGCUUUCAAUGCGCUUGGCUUCGCACUCGUCAUUGCGUCAGCGUUCUUUUCGGGCUUCCGAUGGGGUCUAACACAAAUUCUAUUGCUUCGCCACCCGGCUACUUCAAAUCCAUUCUCAACUCUCUUUCUCCUGACUCCUAUCAUGUUUUUCUCGCUCAUCACCAUCGCGCUAUCUAUCGAGGGUCCUCGUGAGAUUUACCAAGGAUAUCUCGCGCUCGCCAACAAACAUGGGAACUUAUUUGGCUCGUUCCUUCUGAUUUUCCCUGGAGUACUUGCAUUCUGCAUGAUUUCCUCCGAGUUUGCGCUUCUAAAGCGUUCCUCGGUUGUCACACUGAGUAUCUGCGGUAUCUUCAAGGAAGUAGUGACAAUCAGCGCAGCAGGCAUUAUCUUCCACGAUAAGCUCACAGCGGUCAAUGUGACCGGUUUGAUCGUCACUAUCAGCAGCAUCGCUGCGUACAACUACAUGAAAAUUGCAGGAAUGCGCAGCGAGCUACCGGAAGAUGAUUCAUGGAGUCGCGAGUCGAGUCCUACAUCUGACACCGAUGAAGGUGAGCAUAGCAGUGGCGAUCCGGAGGAUUAUCGUCGAGUUGCCCAUCAGGACUCCAGCAUCAUUAGCCCUGCACCGGGUGGUUACCUCAACGAUGAUCCCCAAUCAUCAUCGUCCGGUGACCAACGGCGCUCCUUCCGAGUGCGCUCCAGUGGUGCCAGGCGCGGUCUCUCAAUUUCGACUUCUAUCAUUCUAGAAGAUGAUGGCCUGCCUUCUCCUCUUAAAUCAGCACCUGCAACGAUCACUACAAUGGCUGAGGCAGGGUUCCCUCACUUACAUGCCCCUGAUCGCGAAGCAUCCCCGGGCGUGCAAUCGAGCUCGUCUGUUUCGCCCAUUCGGAGCCAAAAUUUCACCUAG